CUGAUAGGUGGCACUGAUUGGCAUUGAUAGGUGGCACUGACUGGCACUGAUGGGUGACAUUAAAAGGCAGCUCAGAUGGGCACUGAUAUGUGGCAUUGAUGUGCACUGGUAUGCACUGAUAUGUGGCAUUGAUGUGGCACUCAUGGGCACCGGCACGUGGCACUAAUGAGCACUGACAGGUGGCACUUCUGGGGCCACACUGAUCAUCAGGGCACACUGAUCAUCAGUGCCCUGCGGCUCUCCUUUCCUCUCGAGCUGUCAGCGUGACAGCUCGAGAGGAG